AUGGCCCCGACUCAACCCUUCUCCUCUCCACAUGUACACCCGCCAUAUCCUUCUCUCUACCUCUAUCCUCUAAACGACACUUUUAUCCCGAAACACAUCUCCCUUCACAAUGGCCAGCGCGUAAAGAUCGGGCGCCAGACAAACACAAAGACAAUCCCAGGAGAGAGAAACGGUUAUUUUGACUCAAAAGUACUAAGCAGACAACAUGCAGAGAUUUGGGAGGACAGUGGAAAGAUAUACAUCAAAGACGUGAAAAGUUCUAAUGGCACGUUCAUCAACGGCGAGCGACUCAGCCCAGAAGGAGUCGAGUCCGAGCCAUUUGAGCUCAAAAAUGAUGAUAUCGUGGAAUUCGGUAUCGACAUCAUUGGUGAAGACAACAAGACCACAAUCCACCACAAAGUCGCUGCACGCGUCAUGUGUGUGUUCACAGACGAAGAUGCGCACCUCGCUGCCCGCGUAGAGGCCAUCCCAUCAUCCAACUCUCUUCCUCCCAAUAUCCCCUCCGUCCUUCCUCCCGCCACUUCAUCAUCUGGAAGUGGUAAUAACUUUAGCUUUGCACAUCCACAGCGCCGCCCUGCCCUACAGAGCCAGCUCGGUGGUAUGGGCGGCAGUAUGCGUCCACCGGGAAAAAAUGGCCUAACCUUUGACCACAUAUUAAGUAGGCUUCAGGGUGAACUCCAGAAGAGUCGCGAGACCGGUACAGAACUGCACUCCCUAAGCACUGUGAUGAAUGAUAUUCACGACACGCUCGGUGGCUCGGUGCCCCAAAACCUACCGCACUUCCCUCAAUCACUCCCUCCCGUACGUUCACAACAAACCUCUGCAAACUCUGCGCCCGCACCCGCAUCUGCCGCGCCCGCAAAUCCAGAACCUCCUGCACCUCCCCCGGAGCACCCUGCCCUUUCCGAGCUGCGCACAGAGCUGCACGAGACCCAAGCCAGCCUCGCAAGCCAUGUCGACAAGGUCCGCGCACUCGAGGACAUGCUUGCAGAGCACGAGGCCAUUAAGGCCGAGGUUGCAGCUCUCCGCGACCUCAUCCAUGCUUCAUCCGCACGUUCCCAGCACGACAAUGGUAUGAACAUAGACUCGGAGCGCGGUCGCCGUGGACAAGACGAUGACGACGGAUCUAGCAUUCGUACAGUCACCCCGCAUGAGUUGGAGCGCGUCGAGGAAGAGGACGAGAGCGAAGAACAGGAUGAGAGCGAAGAGGAUAGGGAGCGUGCACAGAGGAGGGAGGAGCUGGGUAGGCCGCGGACGCCAGAACCAUCGGGGAUGGGAAUGGACGAGGACGAGCUUAUGCAUGCCCGUGCAUCGGAUACUGAACCUUCGACAUCACGACCACGACCACGAUCUCCUUCACCACAGCCAUCGCACCCUGCACUAGACGAGCUCUCAGCACGGCUAGUAGCUCUUAGCGGACGCAUAGAUAGCGCUGUAGAAGUCAACCAUUCCCUAGCGGCGCAACAUGCUGCCGCUCAGGGCACGAUCACUGUGUUGCAGGACAAGAUCACCGCGCUGGAGGCGCUGGUUGCAGACCGGCAGUUCGAGACGCAGAUCGCUGCAGCUGUGGAGGCCCAACUCGCCAAGGCCGUAGAAAGUGCGGUAGAGGCCCAGCUUCGCGCGCAUAAACAGCAGCAACCGGAUCCUGCGGAAGGGUUGACCGCGUUAAUGGCAGAGUGGAAGAAGGGUGUAGAAGGGCAAUGGAGCGCAGCUCAAGAAGAAUGGGGGACAGAGCGUGAACGGCUACGCCGGGCCUUUGAGGGGCUAGAAAACGGAUUAGACGCACGGGUAUCGACUGUCGUUGCCUCGCACGUACAAGCGCAAACGCAUGCAAGACUUCAAAACGGUGAUCUCAAGCUGCAUACCGCGAACGGGACGAACCCUUUAGGUGGAGGACUGGUGACGCCUCCAAGUCCUGUGAGCGUCGCUUCUAAUCCUGGUCGGGGGAAAGCGCGAAGACGAAAACGUUCGAGAUCUCCAUCUGUGUCUUCCAUCGAGUUGGAUGAUGAUGCGCACAAGGAUGGAAAUGGGAUUUUGAACGGUGAUGCAGGUCGAUCACGAUCUCCUUCACCUGGACCGUCGAUUGUGGGAAGCGAGCCUGAGGCAGAGGGCGAGUUGGAGAAGCACGAGGGCGUGCAACCUCUCACUCCAGAAUCAUCUGUCACCGAUGCCGGGGGUACGGAUACUGUGGGACAGAAAGUGCACCUACAAAUGCAGACGCAGACGGAGGUGACGCAGCGGCUGCAUUCGGCAUCAACAACGAUAACAGCUGCCAUUGGCGUCCUCGUCCUGAGUGUCGCGGCCGCUGCCGUGAUAUAUCGCAUGAAACCAGAAUAA